UGGAUAUCACAGCCAUAUACUGGACACAAAGUAUCCUCUCCUCAGUGUCCUCCACAACACAGGUAAACAGGACAACACCUUAAUUAGUAUUCUAACAGGUCAUGGUCAUCCCUUAGAGAACAUUAAGAACCUGGUUGGUUAACAUAAAUGUAUGUCAAGAUGGAAUACAGACUUUACAAACAUGAUCUGCUAAACUCUCUAAAGAUUUACAAGUGCAUGAGACUUUGAAUAAACAAAUUGAGACAAAUAAGAAGAACACAUUGUGCCAUUUUAUAGCUUAGUGUACAAAGUAUUACCAAUGAGUGUUUACCAUGAAAUGUGGAAAAAGGAAGGCUUUCCGACAGCAAAAGAUCUUUUGAAAAAACAUCAACUUCCUCUAGCAGUAGAACUCUUACAUGAAAACUAUAAUUUCCCAAAAACUGCAAAUGCUCUUCUUAAAAAGUACAGCUUGCUAACAGGAGUGGGCCAACUAGGAGAUCGACCCCCUCAACAGUCUGCUGUCGAACUACUGAAGUCUCAACGACCCCCUCAACAGUCUGCUGUCGAACUACUGAAGUCUCAACGACCCCUUCAACAGUCUGCUGUCGAACUACUGAAAUCUCAACGACCCCCUCAACAGUCUGCUGUCGAACUACUGAAAUCUCAACAUCUCUGUAAUGCAAAAGAACUAUGUAAAUAUGGUUUCCAAACUGCCGAUGAACUACUAAUGAAAACUCAGUAUUUUCAUACUUUGGAAUGGCUUCUCAAAAUGUAUCCUGACAAAGGUGCAAAACGACUCCUCCAAAAACACCAUUUUUCCACUGUAAACAAACUCCUUGAAAAUCAAACAUUGGAUUGUUUUGUAGCAAAAACAGUUCUUCAGAAACCCAAAAUUGAGCGAUGUCCCUGUACACAUCCCUUGGACAGUCACUAUUCAGAACCUAUUUACAACACAAUCUACCCUAGGAAAUACCAGAAAGAAAACAGCCAGCUCAGACAAGCGGAUAACUCCAAGUUUUGGUCCAACAUCAUGUGUACAACAUGUCUGCCGUGUUGGACGAGGAGACGGCACCCUGUACAUUUGGGUAGGACAUACGACAUUAACAUUGAUGAGGAGGAGGAGAAUAUCUAUGUCGACAUCAACAAAAUGUUUGAAACAGGUCUUAGUUAAUCUAGCUAUACUACAUCAACAAUCAUAAUGUUGAAGGAAAUUAUAAUUAUACAAAAUGUAUCGUAUGUUGUAUACAAAACAGAUUCAGCUUAUACAAGCUAGUGAUGCUUUCAUUUUAGCAAUUAAUUAUUGAUCAAGUAACAAAUAAAGCUUCAGAUUCCUUUUACAUAAGUAGACCAACUGACAGGAUUCCAGACAGAUCUAGUCAGGGUACUGAUUUGGUUUAUAUAGCAUUCAAUUUCAGAAAGAUAUAAUUAACUCAUUCCGUACUUUGUGUUCUUUCGAGAUUCCGUACCGGAAGUAGUUAUUAGGCUUGCCCCCAUACGUUUAAACAAAAUGGCAGAUUACAUGUGCAUUUUUGGGUCGUUGUUUUUUCAUAUAGAAACACAAAGGUUAGUGUUAUCUUAAGAAAUGUUUAACUAAAUAAAAUCUAGAUGUCAGAUUGAACACUCUGAAACGGCCUAGACAAUGAUGUCCAAAAUGCAAAUGUAGCAAGCCGCCAUAUUGUUUACAUUAACAACAUAUUGAGAAUAAAAUAUAUCACCUAUUACUCUAAAGGAAAAACAUGUAACCCAAACGAAAUAAAAACAAAUUUGUCAGCAAAAAUGUUUUGACCAUAUUUUAUUGGUCAUUGCAUCAGGUGAUUGUAUAUGUCGGGUGAUGGUUUCAACAAAUCAACAUUUUAAUAACAUCAAAUAGGCCUGUUGACGAAAGAGGGAGCUUCAAAUUAUGUUGACUAUAGUCGACAACGGGGAAGAGAGAGCACAUUUUUAUGUCGACUAUAGUCGACAACGGUACUGAAAGAGUAAAAGGAUAAAAUCAG